AUCUAUCUGAACAAAAUAACUUCGCACCGGAUGCAGUAGGGCUACUGCGAAUCUCAACAGAACCUCCAGAUAUCACCCCAGUUUUUCUUUGCUUCGAUAGGCUUUCUUUUUCCACACAAAUACACACCUUUUCGACCACUGAAUGUAUCAAUUGCGCUCUAUCCUUCAUGGCCACGAGCUGGACGUGCGCGGCAUAACCGCCUUAUCGCUGGACGUGCUAGUUUCCGGGUCCCGAGACGGCACUGCCAGGCGAUGGCAAAUGGACAUGCCUCUUGACAAAAACCACGAAAACAUCAUCUGUUUUCUGUCACCCACAGGCUCUUUUAUCAACAGCGUCGAGUCCGUGUGCUGCGAAUCCACAGGCCCCGUGGUUGCUUGUGGCGGGAACGACGCAGUCAUAUAUCUCAGUGAGAGCCACGAGAGCUUUGCCAAACCAGGCGACGAUUUCGGCAAAUUCCAAUUGCCGGGCCACCUGGGAAACGUGUGCUCGCUCCAUGCUCUGGGCGGCCUGUUAAUCUCCGGGUCUUGGGACUGCACGGCCAAAGUGUGGGACUUGAAUCUGUUCUCUGUGAAGCACGAUUUGGUAGGCCACCAGGCAUCCGUAUGGGACGCUAAGAUCGUAGACCCAGCCCAAGAAACGUACCUCACAUGCUCAGCAGACCGAACCAUUCGUAUGUGGCAUCGUGGCUCGCAGACCGCCAGCUUCACGGGCCACGCCGACGUCGUCAGAAAGUUGUUGGUGUUUCCUGGAGGCAAACAAUUCGCGUCCGCGUCCAACGACUGCACCAUCAAGAUCUGGGACCUUGCGUCUGGACGCGUGCUCCAGACGCUCGAGGGGCACAACUCCUUCAUAUACGACCUUGCCAUGUUGUCCAACGGCGAUCUCGUGUCCACCGCAGAAGACCGCACCGUGCGAAUCUGGCGAAACGGCGCGGUCUUGCAGGCCAUCACACUUCCUUGCAUCUCUGUGUGGUGCGUUGCCGUGCUUCCAAAUGACGACAUUGCGGUGGGCGGCUCCGACAAGCAGAUCUACGUUUUCACCGCGGAACAAACACGCAUGGCCACUGCCCAAGGGAUCAAGGCUUUCGCAGACUUGGUACAGCUGUCUGCCAUUUCCGAGCAGUCGAUCGACGAUCUCAAGAAGACAGAUAUUCCUGGGUACGACCGCUUGAACAGCCCUGGAAAAGAAGAGGGCGCCACGGUCAUGGUGAAAAGCCCCGCUGGUGUGAUCGAGGCACACCAGUGGUCGGGGGGUCAAUGGGUGAAAAUCGGAGACGUGGUUAGCUCGGCCGGUGCCUCUUCCGGUAAAGUAGAGUACCAGGGCGCUGAGUACGACUACGUGUUUGACGUGGAUGUCGAAGAUGGAAAGCCGCCGCUCAAGUUGCCUUUCAACUGCACAGAAAAUCCUUACAUUGCUGCUGAACGGUUCUUGGCCGCAAAUGACUUGCCAGGCUCCUACACCGAGGAAGUGGUCAAGUUCAUCAAUCAAAACACUGCCGGAAUGUCCUUGGACCUGCAACCUGCUAGCGGCGCCGGUCCGGUGGAGAACCUUUAUCCUAACCCUACAACCAACCAGGCGCCAACCCAGCAUUCGAGCAGGUUUUUUCCGCAGAAGCUGCCCAUCGUAUUCACAGAUUUCAAGCCAGAGCAGCUUGUGCGGGGGUUUUCCAAGUUGAAUUCAGAACAGCCUGCAGGGCUUGCCUUUUCCCACAGCAUUGUUGCGAGAGUUCAAUCCACUUUGAUUGACCUCAAAUCGAAGGACGCUCUUUACUUGAUCACUGACGUGAUUCCUGUGAUUCUUGAGAACUGGUCGAAAUCACAAAGAUUGAUUGGUUUUGACUUCUUGCGCAUCAGCAUUGCUAAGAUAACUACAGUGGAUCUUCUUCAAUCUACUGAAGCGGCAGAGAAUGUGUUCCACUUGCUCACACGUAGUCUCGAGGAAGUCCUGGAUGAAGACGUUACAUUGUUCAUGAUGAUGUCUAGAUUCUUGAGUAACUUGACCACGGGUACACUCUUCACGCAGAUUUUCUUGACAGUUGGUGAUGAUGGGUCUGUGGUCUUCAAUGAGUAUUUUGAUGAUUUGACCCAGAAUCUUACUGUCAUUGUGAAAGUGUUGACCUCUUCGUCUGUUGCAGGAGCUCACAAGCACUUUAAGAUGGCCAUCUCGUCAAUCGCGUCGUUCUUUUUCGAUGUGCUGGUAUACAUCUUGUUGAACAAAUCAAUUAAAUCCUCCCCUUCGUCUUGGAAAACCUUGCUUGCUGUGCUUGAGGACAUAGGGGAAGAUUUGGUACAGGCAGAUGAAGAGGCUGCUUACCGUUUGGCCGUCACCUAUGGUAACCUUUUGGUUCUUGGUGGCAGUAUUUCCAACCCCAAGUGGUAUGAGAUGGCUCGAAACAAAUAUUCUCUGGCCAGGUUUACGGACGUGCAAACAGAGAUCGCAAAACUUGUUUGAGCUCAUUCUACAUGUGAUCUUGAAGUUACUGGGUUAAUAUACAAAUACUUAGAGUCGUGCUGCUUCCAAUGCGUGAACAACGUCGCUGCUCAGUAGAACAACUCACUCACCUUUGGCACCAUGCUUGCCAAUUUGGCGGCCAUUUCUAAGUUCACAUUGUCUGACAACUGAGUCACCGAGUAUGAGCUAACUUUUAAAUCAUUGACGUUACAUUUUCCGACAACUUCGUAGAUUUUUCCCACCUCGAGCGGAUCUGAACUGAGGGUCGAAACAUCGAUUGGUCCGCCAGCGUCUAGCGUGGCGGUGUUAGAAUAGUUGUCAACGGAGGUGGCUUUCCCAAUGACUCUCACAACUCUUCCUGGGAAAUCUUUGACUGUAGAUGCGUUUACUCUUAUGCUUGCGG